GUUUAUAUUUUUUUUAAUUUCUAUUUUUUUUGUGUAAUGUAGACUUUUCUUUGCACAGACAAGCAUUUGGUGACAUAGGAAAGUGUUCACUGGUGGAGAAAGAUGAUCAACUGCUGGGUGGAGAUUUUAACAUUUGUCCACUUCACACUUCUGUGUAUUGAGGCAUGAGGGCCGAGUGUGACCUAGCGUCCACCCUACCCCAGGGUAGUGUCAGAAUUUUAUCAGCCGUGGCUGAGUUUGAUGACAAUUUCGGGAGAUACAAUGUCAUAACUGGUGGACCCCAAACUUCAAUUGGACAAUCACACCUGUAGCCAGAUAGACGAUUCUGGAAUUUGAGUUUAGAAGCAGUGAUGAUAUCGAACUCAAAAGAUGAACGAUCGAUGUUAAGAAUGAAAAUCUUUUAAAAGGACAGGACAAUUAACACGUCAGCUGCGCAAGAAUAUGCUGAAACAAGAUCAUGCAAUUGUAAUGCUCCAAGAAGCACAUCGUUAUCUCGUUAAAAGAAUUAAUCCUACUUAUAUACAUCAAACUUCUAGACCUCAACAGUUUUUGCAAUAGACAGCUUUUUGUUUUCACUUCACUGCCUUAUUUACAUCUUUAAUACCUCAGAAGCAUUGUUCUUUAUUCUGUGUUCAUUAGAAAGUAAUAUGAGUUUUUCUUUGAGAUUUUGACUAUGGCUGACAGUGAUAAGAUGAAAGACACGUAUAGGAGUGUGUGUUACCAUUCCCUGGGACCCUCGACCACCGGGACCAUCACAGACUCAGACAGACAACAGAAACUGAGGCAAAGGAUCCAGGAAAAUCGACUCCGGACCCAAAACGCACUCAAAAGCAGCAGAGAUGUGUUCAAAAAGGAUUCAUCAAAAACGGACAGGGUAGAAUCCAGGAAAGACGUGUGUCUGUCAGCUGGUAGAAGUGCUGAAGAUGAGCAAAAAGAAACUGAAAAACCAAGUGGGUCAGGGGAGAGGUCAUUUACAAGAAUAAGUGGUUCAAAGCAAUGUCAUAAUGAAGUUAGCAAUGAGGACUUUUCUGAAGAAAAGGAUGAUGCAAAAGAUGAGAGAGAAAUGUUCAUAUGUGAUUCAUUAACAAAUGGAAAUGAUGGAACUUUUAUAGAGUCAGGACAGAGGAAUAUGUCUUCAAAAGUUUCCAAAGAACAGAAAGAGAGACUACGAAGGAGAUCAUCUCGAUCAAGAGAAAGGUCUAAAGUGGGCGAGUCUGUUAAACCAGCUCCUAGAGUGACCAGGAGUGUGUCAGAACCAGGACAGAGUACCGAGGCUUCUAUGGGCGUGAUCAGAAGUCUGUCUCAAGGGUCAGAUGGUCAAGAUGGGUCAGAGUUGACAAUGGAGCUCAGGAGUCUCCAGGAAGAGUUGAGAAGGUGCACAGACUUCACAGAGCGCAGAAAAAUCAGAGAUAAAAUUCGGAGCUUAAGAGAGAAAAAGCAGGAAGUAAACAUCUUGGACAUGGGGCGGUGCUCUCCCCCUCAGUGUGGAAGGGAAUGUGACUCAGAGGUGACAGAGAAAAUCCGAAACCUACAGUCCAUCCAGGACAUCCCAGAGCUCAGAAAACUGCUGAAUGAGACCAAUGAUUACGAUGAAAAGAAACAGAUUCGGCUGGCCCUACGACAGCUUAGACAGAGGGAUAAAGAGAGAGAAAACAGCCGAGACGCAGGGCAGGUAGAUCAGAGAAGAAGGAGCCUAGGAUCACCGUCAGCUACAGUCGUACGAGAAAGUGGCGACACGCCGAACCACAGACACGGGAGACGAGCAUUUCAUAAUCGAAUCAGUGAGGAUAAGGUGUCUGAAAGUGAGGCCAGGGUGACAGAGACAUCUAGUGGUAAAGACUCGCGGAGACAAAGUGUUACAUUACCUAUCAGGGGAGACAACUCUCCAAAAAAUCAUAAACUCUCAGAACACAAUAAGAUUAAGUGCAAAAAGAAAACUUCAGAGGAAAUUCUUGUGGACCAUAAACCUCCUAUCAUACCCAACAGAAGAGAUUCUACUCAUAAUAAUCAGGACUCAAAACAUCCUUCAUCAACUCAAAACAAUGAACCAGCAGUGUCUCAAAAUAAUGUGGAAGAAUCAAAAGUAAUAUUAAGUCGGAGUAAUAGUCGCAGCAAUAGUGUAGUGGACACGAUAGUCGGGAAUUCUUCCUCAGCCUGGCUAGAGAAAAAGAAGCGAUCUAGUUCCCUGCCGACAUCAGACCGGUCUCAGUUGAGUACGUUAGACAUGGAGGCAGCGUUUUCUGAACUUCUGAGUGCCGUGGACGAUGAUGUGGACCCCUUAUCUGAUACUGAGCAGGAAAAAGUCCAACCGAAAGAGACAGUAGAGGAGGAGACUUCCAGUGGAGCCAUGCUGAAAGUGAACUUUGACGUCCAGCUUGUGGAACCCGUCCAGCCCACGGGGUCAACCAUCUCAGUUAUUGAGGGUGAUGAUGGGUCUGUGACCGUCCAAAGUGUGACCCAGAGGGAUGAUGGGGGUCGAACCGUGACGGAAAAAACACGGCUCAGACGAACGGAGAGUCACUCACAGGAGGAGGAGAGGGACACGGUCAUAGAAAGCAAGGUCACCUCCCCAGGAGGGUCAGAUAAUUAUGUCAAGGACGUCAUCAAAACUCGCAGAAAGGUCACCUCCAGGGGCUCUGAUUACUUUACAAGGACAGCUUAUAAUAUUCGUAAGAAGACGGACUUUGAAGGGGAAGAAAUUGAGGAAAGAGACUUUACUGUAGAAAGUGAAAAUUUUUCAGCCUCCAAAGGAGAAACCUGGGGUGACAGGGCAGAAGCCAAAGUGCAGGUGUCAAGGUCAAAACAGCUGAGAGAUGAAGAAGCUAAGAGACAUGUUUUAGAUACUCUUAAAGAAAGGGAACCAAGUGUAGAUGCUAAAGAAAGAGCCCCCUCUCCCCAUGGUAAACAGUUGGAAGUUGAUCCAAAACACAGUGUUCUUAAUCGUAUGGAUAUCUCCAAGGCCAGCAGUGGUUAUGGGACGGGGUCUGAUGAGGAGGAAAAAGAAGAAAUUGUUCCCAUCUUUUGCGGUAAACCAGCAGGUUGUCCAGAGAUUAAGUCUAUGAUGCGAGAUGUCUCCACUUCUGAAGGGAGGAAUGUGACCCUAGAGUGCACUGUUUCUUGUUCCCCAUCCCCCUCUGUCACUUGGUUUCGGGGAGACAAGGUUGUUUGGGACGGGGCCUCGUUUGAUCCGAUGUCUGGUAAGGCAACCCUGGCCCUUCACAACGUGAGGAAGGACCAGAUGGGGGAAUACAAGUGUGUGUUCAGUAACACCCUGGGGGAAGCCCAAACCAAGGCCAAACUUACCGUCGCAAGUGUAAGUGAUAGAGCACCGCGGUUCCUGUCCAGUCUGGUAGAUAUGACUGUGACGGAGGGCCACGCGGUGGGCCUAGAAUGCCAGGUGGUGGACGCCACACACGUAUCCUGGUACAAGGACGGAAUCAUUCAGAGGAAUUCAGCGGACUUCAGACAGACUUUUGAUGGAGACAAGGCCAAGCUAGAAAUUGGGGAAAUAUUCUUAGACGAUCAUGGAGAAUAUACAUGUGUGGCUAAAAAUGACAAAGGGGAGACAAAAACGUCCUGUAGGAUCAAGGUUAAAGAGAGUGAUGGAGAUGGGGAGGUGGCCCCACAGUUCCUCAGUCGACCCGAGAGUAAUAUCUACAGUUUCGGAGACCUGAUUCUCCUGGAGUGUGAUGUCAUAGGCUCCCCAACCCCCACCCUGACCUGGUACCGGGACGGCACCAAGCUCUCUCCCAAUACCCGUGUCAAGAUGUUGUACGAUGGGCGCGUGGCGCUCCUGAAGAUUUCACAGUCUGCCACCGAGGACAGCGGGAAGUACGAAGUGGUGGCCCAAAAUUCUUGUGGGAAAGUGUCCGUGGAUUGUUUGGUGGUUGUUAAAGCCAAAGAAGGUCCACCAGCGAUUCUCCAGGCUCUGAGUGACACGGCAGCCACCUGUGGUAAAUCCCUGACUCUUCAGUGUCAGAUAAAGGGCAGUCCAAUUCCUGUCAUUCUGUGGAGAAAGGAUGGACGCAUGAUAGGAAACACCUCCGACUUUAAACAGACCUACCAGAAUAACAUCGCCCUGUUGAAGAUUCAGGAAAUCAUGGAACAAGAUGGGGGUUGUUAUGAGUGUGUCGCCAGGAAUUCUUUUGGAGUUGUUUCCUCCAGUUGUACUAUAACAGUAGAACAAGGAGAGAAAAGUGAGAAGGGUUCCUCUGGCUAUGUCAGUAAGAAGACAGACUGGCUCGUCGGAAGGGGAGGAACUCAACCAGAGGAACUGACUCAGCAGAGAAAGUCGGCUAGCGUUCGUCGCAGUGAAAGUGUGCGCGUGACCUCUACCUCUAACCUGGCUCUCAAGCCGACCUUUGAACCCAUUGGUGCUAAGUCUCAGGAGAGACCCCAAACUCGCAAUACUACACACACAGUGCAAGAGACCAGCAAUAAAAAUCUCACCCAACAGCAAGAUGUCAGGUCAAUAAAUACUCCAGAUUCAGCAGUUACCAGGGACCUUAAAGAAAAAAAGUCACAAUCCCCCAGCAAUAUUAAGAUCACAAAGGUACCCUCUGAUGAGAUUUCUAGCAAUAACAUUUCUGAGAAGUCCACUUUGCAGCCUAAAUCUGAACUUCAGAAAUCACAUACUCAAGUCAUUUCACCAACUGAUUCACUGAAAGACUCACAGAAAAAGCAGGCAUCUGUUAAAGAUGAUAACACCAAAAAAGCGAAUGAUCCUCCCUGGAAGAACAUAUCCCUCAGGCGGACGGAAAGUGCUCGUGUGACAAAUAAUUACAGCCGAGAGAAACCUUUAACAUGGAAGAGAGAGGAGACAGAGAAAACUGAAAGGACAGUCCCCACCAUUGUGGUGGAAAACACAGACUCUAACGUGGAUAAGCCUAGUGGAUGGAGGCCCGUAGUAAUGGACACAAGUGUGGAAAAGCCGAAAGUGAACCUCCGCAGGUGUGAGAGUGCCAGGCACGAAAACAAAAGCAAUAUCGACAUCAUUUCUAAAUUUCUGACAAAUUCUCAGAACAAAGAGAAAAGGGACUUGAAUGACAAUAAGAUAAUAUCUGUUGAGACACCCCAGAAGGAUACCCCUGUGACCAAGUUAAAGACGGAGAGCACUGGACUCAAUAGAAGUCAGAGUAUGAGGAUGUUGUUUGAGAACUUGGAGGCUAAGAAGAACAGGACACCCGCGGCAGCACCAGUGAUGGCGUUACAGCGGAGGGAGCAGGGACUGAGACGGACCUCCAGCCUCAAGGUCCUACCCGGCGAGAUGGAGUCCUUCAGGGCAGAGCACAACGCAAAAGCAGAGCCAUCCAGAUUUUCCAACAAGCAGCCAGACACAUCUGUUACCAUGGCAUCCUAUGACACAAUAGAAGAUGAGGAGGAGUUACAUAAGUUGCUCAGCAAAUCUGAGAACUUUGAAGAGCGAAAGAAAAUCCGAGCCCGCAUGAAGGAGAUUAGAGAAAAGAAACAAAAGGAAUGGGAGGCCAAACGCUUACAGAGAGAGGCAGAGACAGAUUUUGUCAAAAAGAAGUUUGAACAGUCUGAAAAGGAAAAGGUACAGAGAUUGAAAACAUUUGAGAAAUCGGCGAAGGAAGUGUCGGCGGAGCGGGAGAGGAUCCUCCAGAAGGGAGAGGACCUGAUCAAGGACAAGCUGAAGCAUGCGGACGAGGACAAGAAGAGGCACCUCGAGACCUACGACAAACUGGCCAAGCAUGAGGACAAGAAAGUCACUGUCCAGAAAACCCCAGAUGGCGUAAUUCGGACCACAAUAAUCAAAGAUUCAAUAUUAACUCCUGUCGACUCUUCACAGUCUAACUCAGAAGAGGCUGCUACAUUCUUGACCAAUCAGCUGAUCAAUACGUUAUCCCCUGUAACCAGCGGUAACAUAACCAUCAGAACCGAAUCCUGGAACAGCCGAGACGGCGUUACAAACACAUCCGAGAAAUCACAGUCCUGGGGAGCCAAACCCGCAGGGGCACAAGGCGCCAAGGCCAUGUUCCAGAAGAUGGACAAUGCCGCUCCAAAACCAAAUAAUUUAGCUCCCGGGGGAGGAGGAGGGAGGGCCCUCGUACGAAGUCCUAGUGCUAUCAAACAAAUGUUACUGGACUGGACUAAAGCCAUGACGCAGGAGUACCAGAAUGUGGAGAUUACUAAUUUCUCAAGUAGCUGGAAUAAUGGUAUGGCUUUUUGUGCCUUGAUUCAUCACUACUACCCAGAAGCCUUUGAUUUCAGCACCCUGGAUCCAAACAAGAGAAGGCACAACUUCACUCUUGCCUUUGAUACAGCUGAGAAGUACGGAGAUAUAGCUCCUCUGUUAGACGUUGAUGACAUGGUUCGAAUGCAGAAGCCGGACUGGAAAUGUGUCUUUACCUACGUCCAAAGUCUCUAUCGUAAACUACACACGCACGAACGCAACAGAACAAUGGCCACGGUCGGCGAGUGACCGCAACACAUAGCAAUACAUUAACGCAAACUCUAUUGAAACUCAGACAUUUGAAAUAAAAUAUUUUUUUUAUUUUCAUGUUACUAGAAAUCCACACCUCACCCUUUACGUUGAUGCCAAGCUCAGUUUGUGUUCAGUUCCUAGGGCUCUGUCGUUAAUUUGUUUAUCUGUGUACAGGUCAUUCAACCUUUCGCAUGGAGUCCAACCAAGAUACUAAUAAGUCACACGUGCCAAUAUUUAUUUUUUUUUUAGAUGUAGCUGCGCCAAUAUUGUACAUAUAGUGAUUUACUAGGCUUUAUAGAUUUUAUUUUAUUUGUAUAUAACUGAUUUCUUUGUAACAUAAACUGUAACUAUUUUUGCAGCAUUAUAUGAAUAUUUUAAAUAGCAAUAAACUUUGAUAUUAUAAUUAGUGUUUUCGCAGUGAUAUAUUUGUUGGAAAUCCAAUGUUACAUAUUAAUGCAGAUAUUUAUGUGUGUGCAGCAAUAUACACUAUAUGUAUGUUAUUGUAGACUAAGAUGUUAAGUAUUGCGCAAAGGAUAAGAAAACUAUCCUAUCGCGCACUUUCUAUGUUAAUGUGUAGAGACAUAACUAAUCUGCCAAAGCUUUGUACAUGUUAAGAAAUACUUUAUACAGAUCAUUAAAUGAUGACUUAAAAAAUAAAAUAAAGUGAAAAGUGAAA